AUGUUCAGGAAUGAUUGUCAGGUGUUUGAUAACGAAGUGAAGGCUUUGUGUCUUGAAGGCAGCAGUCAAACACACAAGAUGGAGCUACCUAAGGAUAGCAAGAUGACCCUUGGUCUGAUUCAGAGGUUUCUGAUUCUACAGGUAAACGUUCCAUUGGGAAUAGAUUUUUCUACUGAGUUUUUAGCAAGUAAUUUGGAGAGAAGAGAGAAGAGACUCUACCUGUCUACUGUGCACAAAGAGCUCUCAGCAACCCCUUUGCAUGCGAGAAUACCUCUAAUGUGCCUCAAACGCAAUACUUGGUGUGAUCUGUGUAUCGCUGAGAUAUUCAGAGGGACUCGCUUGCUGUCUCUGGAUGGCAUCAUCAUCUCCACCUGCUGUAAGGUCCGCCGCAUCUUCACGAUGAAGGAUGAACCUGCAGACUGCGUGGAUGGAG